CUUUAUCCUUUGUCCAUUCAUUCAUUCACUCGGGUUGAGAGAGACCAGCAGACAGCCAUCAUGGCGGGGAAGCCCAUUCUUCACUAUUUCAAUGGCCGAGGCAGAAUGGAGUGUAUCCGGUGGCUCCUGGCUGCAGCUGGAGUGGAGUUCGAAGAGAAAUUUAUAGAAAAUCCAAACGACUUGAAUAAGUUAAAAAAUGAUGGGAGUUUGCUGUUCCAGCAAGUGCCCAUGGUUGAGAUUGACGGGAUGAAGCUGGUGCAGACCAGGGCCAUCCUCAACUACAUCGCCACCAAGUACAACCUCUACGGGAAGGACACCAAGGAGAGAGCCCUGAUUGAUAUGUAUACAGAAGGUGUGGCAGAUUUGGGUGAAAUGAUCUUGCUGUUGCCACUGUGCCCACCCGAUGAAAAAGAUGCCAAGGUGGCCGCGAUCAAAGAAAAAUCGACAAACCGUUAUCUUCCUGCAUUUGAAAAAGUGUUGAAGAGCCAUGGACAAGACUACCUUGUGGGCAACAAGCUGAGCAGGGCUGACAUCCAGCUGGUUGAACUUCUCUACUACGUGGAAGAGCUGGACCCCAGCCUGCUGGCCACCUUCCCUCUGCUGAAGGCCCUGAAAACCAGAGUCAGCAACCUCCCCACGGUGAAGAAGUUUCUGCAGCCUGGCAGCCAGAGGAAGCCUCCCAUGGAUGAGAAAUGUUUAGAAGAAGCCAAGAAUAUUUUCCGGAUUAAAUAAAGCCGGCUGAGUGUCCCAAGACCCCCAGGACCAAUCUUCUGAACGUUGCUAUCAAUCAACUGCUUGACCUAAUUAUAGAUCCCAGUUAUCGUCAAUCUAAUAAAUGUUUCCACAGUGUAAGUGUUCAUUUCAUUAGAAUUCAGAUUUAGUUGCAAAACAAUUAAUUUUGUUUUGGUCGCACGCAAUAUCAUGAUCUUCUCCCAGAAUGUACCUGAGACAAACAUAAUUAAACGAGGCAAAACUA